AUGGUAGGCAUUUUCUACCGCAUAACUACCAAUAUGAUGGUCCAAUCAUCCUUCCUGGACCGCCAUCAGUAUGUAAAGGAGGAACUGUGGCUACGGAAUGCUAGGUGGCAGGAAAAGGCUCUUGUCCAGAGCAUAAUGCCUCCUCAGAUUUCAAAAUCUCUUCAGUCGGAAAUUAGAAAGAGGAUCACUAUGGUUCAACACGGGAACAGGGCAGCAAUCACCUCCAUGCAACGCUUUAUGGCAGUUCAGAUCCACCCAGAAGUCAGCAUUCUCUAUGCUGAUGUCGUCAACUACACCCACCUUACCACCACCCUUGAGGUAGAGACUCUGAUGAAUAUUCUUCACGAUCUCUAUGGGAGAUUCGACAAGGCGGCCGUCGUGUUCCGCGUUCAGCGGAUUAAGUUUUUGGGAGACUGUUAUUACUGUGUUGCGGGGAUUACUGAAGCAGAUCCUGAUCACGCGAAAAAUUGUGUAGACCUUGGAUUCGCCAUGAUCUCCCAUAUCCAGGAAAUUCGAAAUAUAUAUAAUGUGGAUAUUGAUAUGCGUAUUGGUGUUCAUUCUGGAUCGAUAUUAGCAGGUGUGCUUGGUGAGGCUAAGCUGCAGUUUGACAUUUGGGGCACUGAUGUAACUAUUGCCAAUGUUUUAGAAUCCACUGGGCUGCCUGGUUGCAUUCACAUCAGUAGCCACACAUUAAAUCACCUUGAUGCGAAGGCAUAUGACAUUGAGCCAGGUCCAUCUUGGGCGGCGGAACAUCCCUUAUUAAUGAAGAACAGAGUGGAAACCUAUAUACUCAGAUGGAAUAAUACGCGUUUCAAUGAAUCCGAAAUACUUGAUGGCGGUACUAGCGUGUUCUCUUUUGUAAAGAUUAGGCCACUAAUGGAUACAGAUUCCGAAAUUAAAGACGAAGCUUUAGAAGCUUUGUUUCAGGAAGAGCUUCACGAAGAAUUUAAAAAAAUGCCCGUAUUUCGAUGGGAGUAUAUCCGUCGCCAGCCUGAACCGGAAUCUAAUGACCCAAAUUUAACCAAUCUGUGUCUGACCUACAAAGACAAGGAUAUGGAGAAAUUGUAUAAAAAUCAAAGGGACUACAUGUUUAAAUACAGUAUGUUGGUAGCCUGUGCGAUUGGAUGUUUGCUGUUAGUUCUUGAAGUUAAUCCAGAUACCAGUCAGUGCCUUGUCUGCACUGUGGUAAACACCAUUUUAAUUAUUAUGUUCGUUGCUUUGACCUUUAUUGCCUGGUACAAGAAAAUGUGCUGGGCCCGAAAUCAAAUGGAUCCCAAAGAUACCUCAACUUAUAAUAGGUUCAGUUGUUUCAUAUUCUACCUGCUAAACAAAAUUCAAAGCUCCCUCAAGAUUCGCAUUGGACUUUACUUAUUUGUUAUAUUGUCGCAUGGAACCAUCAUUACUUUAAUUUUGCUUUUAUGUGAUCAAGACAGUUUUAAUCUGAGUGAAAUAGAGCACAAGAUAUUCCACUAUGAGGCGCCGGAUGAUCCAUGUUUUCAUCCAUGGGUUUUCACCGAUAUGAUGUCCAUAUUAAUAUGCAUGGCCUUUACUUUCACCAAUAUUCCCUUGGCCGUAAAGUCAAUCAUUGCCGCUAUAUUGUCCUCCGGAUACCUAAUACUGGUCAACCUUCACCUGCAGUACGUCUUCCACCACAGCUUCUCCUCAAGUCCUUCCCUACCUGCGCAAUAUGCCCACACCUUGCAGAUUCUUGUAACCGUAUUAACUGUCUACCAGAAAGAGCGAAUGACCACCUUCUCCAGCAAAGUGAACUUUAAAGUGCGAAAGGACCUUGAGAAGAAACAAAGCGAUGCAGCUUUAACAAACCAAUCGAUCACCAUUCUUCUUCAUAACAUUUUGCCUGCGCAUGUCAUAAACGUCUAUCUAAAUUCAUUAGCUAAACACGAGUUGUACUAUGAAAAUUACCAAAUGGUUUCAGUCAUGUUUGCUAUGUUAAUGAAUUUUCAAAUGGACUUGAAAAACCUGCGAAUACUUAACGAUAUUAUUAGCGAAUUCGAUAUAUUGCUACUUUACUACAAGCAAUACUACGUUGUUGAGAAGAUUAAGGUUGUUGGAUGCACAUACAUGGCCGCUUGCGGGCUGGACCUUAACUUUGCGGAAUCGGUCAACAUUAAGACCCGGAUGUCGAACCUAAAUGCGUCUUCAAGCAGAGGAAAGUUGUUGAGCCUACCCGUGGGUGAUUCGGGUGAUGAUUCGGAGGAUGACAUGGACGAGGUGGUAUUUGUCCUGGCCUCAUUUGCGCUUGACAUGAUGCGGACACUGUCCAAAUGCAAACAAAGUCACCACCAACUCAACGACAACAUAAGCGUGUGCAGCGGAUCGAUCACCAUUGGCUUGUCCAGUGGCGAGGUGAUGGCCGGCAUUGUGGGUGCCUCGCAGCCACACUACGACAUCUGGGGCAACGCUGUGAACAUGGCCUCGCGAAUGCAGACCACCGGCCUGCCGGACAACAUCCAGGUCACCGAGGAGUCGGCAAAUAUUCUCCAGGACUUUGGCAUCCAAUGCAAUUUUCGUGGCUUAACCUUCGUGAAGGGGCGUGGGAAUAUACCGACCUACCUUGUGGGCAUUGACGAAAAUAAUUGUUUCCAGGAUGCGAAACACGAUCGAAAUCCAAGUCACAUGCUUCGUAGUACGAAUAUUUCCCUCUCAUCCGCAUAUACCAAAUCGCACGACAGACUCACAAAAUACGAUAGCGAUAUGUAG